GUCCUCCGCCGCGGAGCGAGCUCGUCGGCGCUGGCUGUGUCUGGCGCUCUCGGUCCGUGUGGAGGAGCCUAGGUCGGGACCCGGCUGCCUGGAGCGUCCGCCAUGAGGAGAAGUGAAGUGCUGGCCGAGGAGUCCGUCGUCUGUCUCCAGAAAGCCCUAAUAGACCUUCGGGAGAUAUGGGAGCUGAUUGGGAUUCCAGAAGACCAGCGCUUGCAAAGAACAGAAGUGGUGAAGAAGCAUAUCAAGGAUCUCCUGGACAGGAUGAUUGCUGAAGAGGAGAGCCUGAAAGAGAGGCUUAUCAAAAGCAUAUCUGUUUGUCAGAAAGAGCUAGACACCCUGUGCAGUGAGUUACGUGUAGAGCCUUUCCAGGAGGAAGGAGAAGUGACUAUCUUACAGCUAGAGAAAGACUUGCGCACGCAGGUAGAAUUAAUGAGGAAGCAAAAGAAGGACAGAAAACAGGAACUGAAGCUACUUAAAGAACAAGAUCAAGAGCUGUGCGAGAUUCUUUGCGUCCCCCAUUAUGACAUUGAUAGCAUGGUGGUUCCCAGCAUAGAAGACCUGAACCAGCUGAGGAAACAUGUGACAUCUCUGAGAGAAACAAAGAACGCUAGACGUGAGGAGUUUGUCAACAUAAAGAGACAAAUCAUCCUGUGUAUGGAAGAACUGGAACACACUCCAGACACUAGCUUCGAAAGAGAUGUGGCGUGUGAAGAUGAAGAUGCCUUCUGUUUGUCUUUGGAGAACAUAGCAACCCUACAGAAGCUGCUGCAACAGUCACAGAGAAAAGCUUCAGAUCCAAGUCGAUUUACAAACAGAGGAGGAAAUCUUUUAAAAGAAGAAAAACAGAGAGCCAAGCUCCAGAAAACACUCCCGAAGCUGGAAGAGGAGUUGAAGGCCCAGAUUGAAAUGUGGGAACGGGAGCAUUCACAGUCAUUUGUGGUGAAUGGGAAGAACUUCAUGGACUAUGUGGCGGAGCAGUGGCAGCUACAUCAGCUGGAGAAAGAGCUAGCCAAGCAGGAGCGGCAAUUAAAGAAUAAGAAACAGACGGAGACGGAGAUGCUUUAUGGCAGCGCUCCCCGCACACCCAAGCGGAGAGGACUCACCCCCAACACAGCUGGCAAAGUGCGCAAGCUGAACUCGGCCACCAUGUCCAAUGCUACAGCCAACAGCAGCCUUCGGCCCGUCUUAGGGAGCACGAUGUACCGCUCCCCAAUGUCUCGCCUUCCUCCUUCUGGCAGCAAGCCAGUUAUGUCUUCUACCUGUUCCGGGAAAAAAACGCCUCGUGCUGGCAGGCAUGGGGCCAACAAGGAGAACGUGGAGCUCAACGGCAGCUUCCUGAGCGGUGGGUACCCUGACUCGGCCCCCCUGCAGCGCAACUUCAGCGUUAAUUCUGUUGCCAGCACCUAUUCUGAGUUUGCGAAGGAGCCAGCCCUCUCUGACAGCUCUGCUGUUGGGCUUCAGCGGGAACUCUCAAAAGCCUCCAAAUCUGAUGCUGCUUCCCGAAUCCUCAAUUCAACCAACAUCCACUCCUGAGGAGCGCUGACCGUGUGGCCGGCCCUGCAUUCCCAUUCCUGGACUGGUGAUGAACAGGGGAACCCAGACAGGUUCUAGGGAUGUGAGUGGACGGCCACAGGACUAGGUUUCACCCAAGAUCCUGUAAAACCUGGUCACGCCGGAGUACAAACGUAGUAUCUGGGACUUCUUUUUCUGUCCCGUUGUUCUUACUAGAGCAUGACCGAGAGCUUGUUAUCAUAGGUACAUGAAGUAAUUUUCUGGUUAGCUUGUAUAAUUAGUAAUUACCAUGCUUGUUGUAUAAUUAGCAACUUAUUUGACUAAUUGUGUAGCUACUGGUAACUUUGCUGUCGCCACACAGUCUACUGAGGGGAGGUAGCACGCCACACCGACAGUGGGUUCAGCGCACCCCUUCCAUCCAGCAGUCAGCAGCUUUGCACACGCUACCCACUAGGGAGCUGUUCCUGCACUUGCACCCAGGGGUGGACCCCUCUCCAAGCACUACUAUUUAUUCCUGCCCUGCCUGCACUAGUGCUGUCAGCACACCACCUGCUUCCCGAAGGCUGACCUGGUCCAUGAUGUCAGCCUCUCUAGUGAGAGGUAUAUAAUCUUGUUUUAAUAGAUAUAUAUACACAUAUGUUUUAAAAUAAAAUGUAUAUUUUACCUUUCAAAAAUACACUGUGGUGAUGUCACUUUUCCCCAAAUCAGUUAUUUGUGGUGGUUGGCUUGUGGACUAAACCAAAAGGAUAUAAACUUGCUUAUGAUUUUUAUAUGCCCACAAUUUUCCUUAAAAGGAUCAGGUAUGAUGGCACACACCCGUAAGGCCAGCACUUGGGGGGGGAGGGGAGGUCUGAAGCAGGACAGUUGUGACACUGACAGCACUCCAGACAAUGCAUGAGAACCCUGUCAAGAAAAAGGAGCCAACAUUUCUUCCUGAGCUGAGCACUGGUGGCUCAUGCCUG